AGGGUUAUUCUGAGAAAGGAAGAAAAACUGCUUACUUAUAGAGAAUGGAGUGUUUUUAAACGGAACAGAAGCCACCUUCAGAAAGGGCAACAGAGAUGUGUGACCCUGCGGAUCCAAAGCCCCCUGAGCUAGCAGGAUUAGAUGAGGAUGCCCUGAUGCCCUCUGGCUGGAGCCACUUCAGCGUUGGAACCCAAAGAAGCUGGAGUGCCAGGAGCUUUCCAGCUCCCUGGCUGAGGCGCCUGGGCUUCCCGUUGCUCCUGGCCUUCUUUGUCCUCUCCUUCAUCCUCAGCAUCAUUACCCUGACCCAAGUCUUCCAGAAUCAAAGACUGUAUAAUUCGGAGCAGGAAGCAGUCCAGGAGAAAUUGAACCAGCUCUCUGCCCAGCUGAAAGGUGAUCAAGAUUUGAGGGACAAGGGUCAACUUGAAGCAUCACAGUUCAUUGAACAACUGAACAAAACCCUGAACUUGAAGAUCAACAAUCAACUUGAAGCUUCAAAGUUCACUGAACAACUAAACAAAACCCUGAGUGCCCUUUGCCGCCCAUGUCCCUGUCAGUGGAAGUUCUAUAAAGAUAGCUGUUACUACUUUUCUGUGGCCCAAGCAUCAUGGGAGACAGCCAGAAAAGCAUGUGAGGCAGAUGGUACCAACCUGGCCAUCAUUAGCUCUUCUGAGGAGCAGAACUACCUGAAGCUGAACUUGGACUCCAAUCGCAGGCCACGGUGGAUUGGACUCAGUGACAAAAAGAAAGAGGGGACGUGGCACUGGGUGGAUGAAACAGCUCUUGGGCAGUCCUUUUGGAAUGAGGGAGAACCCAACAAUGCUGGUGAUGAGGACUGCUGUGAGCUGAUUCCUAAUGGCUGGAAUGAUGCACCUUGUAGCAAAGAGAACUACUGGAUCUGUGAGAAGAAAGCUUCCCCUUGCCCCAUGCUCUGAGGAGCUCCAGGGAUGGCGGGUGCUGAGCUGGGGAGCAGCGGUGCCUCCAUCUGGCUAGAAGAGAAGAGUAGCUGGGCCUGGGAGCUCGAACUCCUGGGUCAGACCCCAUGUCAUGAAGGCCAAAGUUCCCUCGGAUCCCCCAAAUAAACUCUUCCCCUGACACUGCCUCCCAUACUAAUCUCCAUGGCUUUGGCUGUGACCUCUACAUAGCUGACUCCCAGGUUUGCCUCUUUUGGGUGCUCCCCUAAGUCUUGAACUCCAGGCAUCCAUCGGUCUGUGGCUGGCCAUCUGUCCCUGCCUGGAGGUCCUGUUUCAUUAUAAUAAACAAUUCCUUCCCCA